CCUCCGCCCCGCGCCCUGCGGUGCUGCAGCUGCGGGCGGCUCCAGCUGCCCCCAGAUGUGGGCUGGGCGGCGCGCGGGGAACUUUCGCGCCGGCUGCGAGUGCGGGGCCCCGGCUGCGGUCGGGCUGCCAUGGAUCCGCCGGCGGGAGCCGCUCGCCGCCUGCUCUGCCCCGCUCUCCUGCUGCUGCUGCUGCCGCCGCCGCCGCCUCUCCUGCUGCUGCCGCCACCGCCCGCGAGCGCCCGGCUCGUCGCCGCCACCGAGCCCCCAGGCGGGCCCCCGGGGCGCGGAGCCGAGCGCAUCCUGGCGGUGCCGGUGCGCACUGACGCCCAGGGCCGCUUGGUGUCCCACGUGGUGUCUUUGGAGACGGCCGGAGCGGGGGUACGGGCCCGCAGAGCCGCCCCGGUGCAGACCUCAGGCUUGCCCGGAGGCGACGCUCAGGACUCCGGAGGACGCCUCUUCUACAAUCUCACGGUAUUCGGCCGAGACCUGCACCUGCGGCUGCGGCCAAACGCUCGCCUCGUGGCUCCGGGGGCCACCCUGGAGUGGCAGGGUGAGACGGGUGACACCCGGGUGGAGCCCCUGCUUGGGACCUGUCUCUACGUUGGGGACGUGGCAGGCUUACCUAAAGCCUCCUCCGUGGCGCUCAGUAACUGCGAUGGGCUGGCUGGUCUGAUCCGGAUGGAGGAGGAGGAGUUCUUCAUCGAGCCCCUGGAGAAGGGGCAGAAGGAUCAGGAGGCUGACCAAGGCCGAGUGCAUGUGGUGUACCGCCGACCACCCACUCCCAAACCCGAUCCUUUGGAGGGACCACAGGCUCUGGACACAGGAGCCUCCCGGGGCAGCCUGGACAGCCUCAGCCGAGCCCUGGGCGUCCUGGAGGAGCGUGUCAACAGCUCGAGGCGGAGGGUGCGCAGGCAUGCUACGGACGAUGACUUCAACAUCGAAGUCCUGCUGGGCGUGGACGACUCAGUGGUGCAGUUCCAUGGGAAGGAGCACGUGCAGAAGUACCUGCUGACACUCAUGAACAUCGUCAAUGAGAUCUACCAUGACGAGUCUUUGGGGGCCCACAUCAACGUUGUGCUGGUGAGGAUUAUCCUGCUGAGCCACGCGAAGUCCAUGAGCCUCAUUGAGAUUGGGAAUCCCUCUCAGAGUCUGGAGAACGUCUGCCGAUGGGCCUACCUCCAGCAGAAGCCGGACACAGACCACGAUGAGUACCACGAUCACGCCAUCUUCCUCACACGGCAGGACUUCGGGCCCUCGGGCAUGCAAGGCUAUGCUCCUGUCACCGGGAUGUGCCACCCUGUCCGCAGCUGCACCCUGAACCAUGAGGAUGGCUUCUCUUCGGCAUUUGUGGUGGCUCAUGAGACAGGCCAUGUGCUGGGCAUGGAGCAUGACGGACAGGGCAACCGCUGCGGUGACGAGGUGCGGCUGGGCAGCAUCAUGGCGCCUCUGGUACAGGCUGCCUUCCAUCGAUUCCACUGGUCCCGCUGCAGCCAGCAGGAGCUCGGCCGCUACCUGCAUUCCUAUGACUGCCUGCGGGAUGAUCCCUUCGCCCAUGACUGGCCGGCCUUGCCUCAGCUCCCGGGGCUGCACUAUUCCAUGAACGAGCAAUGUCGCUUCGACUUUGGCCUGGGCUACAUGAUGUGCACUGCGUUCCGGACUUUUGACCCCUGCAAACAGCUAUGGUGCAGCCACCCGGACAACCCCUACUUCUGCAAGACAAAGAAGGGUCCCCCACUGGACGGAACUAUGUGUGCUCCUGGCAAGCAUUGCUUUAAAGGCCACUGCAUCUGGCUGACCCCUGACAUCCUCAAACGAGAUGGCAACUGGGGUGCCUGGACUCCGUUCGGCUCCUGCUCACGCACCUGUGGCACAGGUGUGAAGUUCAGGACCCGCCAGUGUGACAACCCACACCCAGCCAACGGGGGCCGCACCUGCUCGGGCCUGGCCUAUGACUUCCAGCUCUGCAACCCCCAGGACUGUCCCAACUCCCUGGCUGACUUCCGGGAGGAGCAGUGUCGACAGUGGGACCUGUACUUUGAGCACGGCAAUGCCCAGCACCACUGGCUGCCUCACGAGCACCGGGAUGCCAAGGAGAGAUGCCACCUCUACUGUGAGUCCCAGGAGACAGGGGAGGUGGUGUCCAUGAAGCGCAUGGUGCAUGACGGAACACGCUGCUCCUACAAGGAUGCCUUCAGCCUCUGUGUGCGUGGAGACUGCAGGAAGGUGGGCUGUGAUGGGGUAAUCGGCUCCCGCAAGCAGGAGGACAAGUGUGGCGUGUGUGGGGGCGACAACACCCACUGCAAGGUGGUGAAGGGCACGUUCACGAGGUCACCCAGGAAGCAAGAGUACAUCAAAAUGUUCGAGAUCCCUGCGGGAGCCAGACACCUGCUCAUCCAGGAGGCCGACACCACCAGCCACCAUCUGUCUGUCAAGAACCUAGAGACAGGCAAGUUCAUCCUGAAUGAAGAGAACCACUUGGACCCCAAUUCUAGAUCCUUCAUUGCCAUGGGUGUGGAGUGGGAGUACAGGAAUGAGGAUGACAGGGAGACCCUGCAGACCAUAGGCCCACUCCACGGGACCAUCACGGUGCUGGUUAUCCCCGAAGGAGACAGCCGGAUCUCACUGACAUACAAGUACAUGAUCCAUGAGGACUCGCUCAACGUCGAUGACAACAAUGUCCUGGAGGAUGACUCUGUGCGCCACGAGUGGGCCCUGAAGAAGUGGUCUCCCUGCUCCAAGCCCUGCGGUGGAGGGUCCCAGUUCACUAAGUACGGCUGCCGCCGGAGGCUGGACAGCAAGAUGGUACACCGAGCCUUCUGCAGUGCCCUGGCCAAGCCCAAAGCCAUCCGCCGAGCUUGCAACCCUCAGGAGUGUUCCCAGCCUGUGUGGGUCACCGGUGACUGGGAGCCUUGUAGUCAGAGCUGUGGGCGAAGCGGCAUGCAGGUGCGCUCCGUCCGCUGCAUUCAACCUCUGCACAACAACACCACCCGCUCCGUGCACACCAAACACUGCAAUGACCACCGGCCCGAGAGCCGCAGGGCCUGCAACCGUGAGCUCUGCCCUGGGCGGUGGCGGGCUGGGUCCUGGUCCCAGUGUUCGGUAACCUGUGGCAACGGCACCCAGGAACGGCCAGUACUCUGCCGCACUGCAGAUGACAAUUUCGGUGUCUGCCGGGAGGAGCGGCCCGAGACAGCAAGGAUGUGCAGGCUUGCGCCCUGUCCUCGAAACAUCUCGGAUCCCUCCAAGAAGAGCUACGUGGUUCAGUGGCUGUCCCGGCCUGACCCUGACUCACCCAUCCAGAAGAUCUCGUCAAAGGGCCAGUGCCAAGGCGACAAGUCAAUGUUCUGUAGGAUGGAAGUCUUGUCUCGCUAUUGCUCCAUCCCUAGCUACAACAAGCUCUGCUGCCAAUCCUGUAACCCGCCCCGAAACCUCAGCAACCCGGAGGACGGGGGUGUGGAACCCCCACCGGGGAAGCACAAUGACAUCGACAUGUUCAUGCCCACCCUCCCCGCGUCCACGGUAGCUACACCAGGGCAGUCCUCACCAGCGCCUCCCCUGGAGGUCCCCCUCAAUGUCUCCAGCACCAACGCCACGGAGGACCACCCGGAAACCAACGCUGUGGAUGUGCCCUACAAGAUCCACGGCGGCGUGGAGGAAGAGGUCCAGUCUCCCAACCUGAUCCCUCGACGGCCAAGCCUGUAUGUAAAGACGAGGAACCAAAGAAUCCAGGAGCUCAUUAAUGCAGUGCAGAAAAAAGAGAAGCUCGGAAAGUUCUAAUAAAAUGGAAAGAUUCGCAUCAACAGCUUUUUCCCCUUGCUUAUAGAUAUUGUCCAUGGGAUAGGAAAAUCCUGUGUUGUGGGAAGUGAAACCAAAAUUCCUGCUUCCAAAAAGGCUUGUGAAGCAGGGGAAGUGUAAAAGAAUUUAUUGGGGGUGGGGUGGGGAGGGGCUUGUGACAAUCAGCCUAACGUGUGUUUUCCACUCUAGGAAUGUCCUUAACUCUUGUAGCGAUCUUAGGUACAGUGUGGACAUAAAUAGGUUCCCUAGUUUCUGUCCGUGAAGGGAGGUCAAGGGGGAUGACUCCCAGAGAGAGAAACUUUGCUCCAACUUCACAAAGCAGUCACUGAGAACCUUCCUCUCCUUGGUGCUGGCCAGUCCCCAGACCAAGGGCUGAAAGCACCGGGGACUGGUAAGUGACAUGGUGUUUUAUUUAAUAGCUCACUUGGCGGGUUGAGUGCAAUGAAGUGGAGGUCAUGAGCCAAAAUGACCUCAAAGGCCAAGCAGAUGGUGGGAUGAGUGUGGUACCCAGCAGAGGACUGUGACCAACCAGAGAGCAGCAGCCAUCGAGAGCUGUCAGGGAGCUCUGGCCGUAGCUGCCAGCGUGACGUGUCUCUUUCCUACCAGCCUGGUCUUGGUGUUUUGUUGCACUGCUGGAUAUCUGCAUUUCCUGUACUCAGUUUUUUUUUUUUUUUUGUUCAAGUUGUGGGAGUGAGGAAGAACCUGGGAGUUUCAGGUCUAGACCCACCAGUCUGCAACCUCUGGUCUCCAUUUUAAUUAUUAACUAAUGGUCUGGUGCAGUUUCAACGCCUGGUGCUCGUGUUGCACAGUUUUUAUCUCAGCUGAGCAUGGGCUGUGCACCGAUGUAGUUCUUUCUAGGAUAGUCAUGAGACUUCUGUAGUGGGGGACGGGAGGAUGGUUCCAAACAGGGGUCACUGGGUCAAAGGCAGCAAGGACCGUCUCUCUCCUCCACUUCUCCUGGCCUUGCUUGCUGCCCUGGUGGAAGAGUCUCAGUGUUCUCCUCUGGCCAGCCUGGGCCAAGGCCCCAGAGAGGAAACAUGAUGGAGGCUUAUACUCAGUUGGGAUGAUCUGGCAUGUGGUCCAAGACCCAGGACUCUCCCUCUUCUGGUGUCCCAGUACUGCCACCAGGGUGGUGAGAUGCCAGGCUGUGGAGCCUCAGGUCCAGAGGAUGGUUUUUGCCUGUUGUCUGGCCUUGCCCCUGCCCACCUCCAACCUUUAGGAGUCCUAGAACCUGACAAUAUGGUCUACAGUAGGAGGUAUAGGGUGGGAGGUGGGAGCCCCACUUUAUCUUUUUCUCUUUAGAAGCUUAGAUAACUUCUGUUUGGGGUGGGAUGGUGUCUGGUGAACCAGAUGUGAGUGGGGGAGGGAAUAACAGAAAGGGAGUGGGUGGAUGAUUGGCAUUUUGUGAACAUGCCACUCCAAUACCCCCCACAUGGUAAGACCCAAAGACAUGGUGGUGUCCAAGCUGGGCCCAGCCUGACCAUAAUUCUGAGGUUUCUUGUGGGCAGAUUUGUGUUCUCAUCAGUUGUAGACUUUGGAUUAUUCCUCCUUACUAACAUCCCCCGGCCUCCCCCAGUGUGCAGUUCAGAAUGUUGAGACUUGGGCUGAUGCCAUUGUGACUGCUCCUCCACUGAGUUUUGAGGUGCUCAGUCUGUUUGUGUGAAGCUGCCUGUGUGUGUGGUGGGGGUGGGGCAGGGGCAGUGUCUGUGUGGUCUAUGGAAAGAAGUCAGAGCAUAGAGACCAAGUAGACCAACAUUUCAGAUGGUGCUUAACUUUCCUCCCAGAAGGUGGCCAGACCCCCGCCAUCCAGUCCUCAGCCCCCACUUCCCACACAUACUCCCACACUGCCUCAGCUCCCACAGAACCAAACUGGAAAAACUCCCUUGACUAUCUCUCCUCGUAUGUGGCUGAGAACAGUUCUGCUCUCCUGCCUUCUUGCAAGCUGGGAGUGAAUCUCACGGCUGGCCUUCGUUUGUUGAGUCCAGGUCAGCUGGGUUUACUUGUGGGCUAAGAAACUGAGUACUUCCUGUUUGAGUCUGGAGUAGAAUGGAGAAGAACAUUCUAGACUAGACUAGACUAGAUUAGACAGGAUAUGGCUGCAUUUACCCAUUCUAAGGGCCGUGGGAUAGUAACACGCCAUUUUCAAGUCCCAGCUAAUCAGGGCUUCAUAGAAGCCCCACAUGGGACAGCCCCAGCAAAACAGAUGUGAGGGAGAUGAGGUCCUAUGUGACAUCCUUGGUGCCUUGAGCUAUGGCCCUUUGGGCCUCUCUGGAGCUAGUGGAGCGCAUACAACUCUGCCCAAGGAACAGUGUCCACAGGCUCAGAGAAGCCCCAUGUGCCUGAUCAUGGGACCACUUGGAGAACGGACUUCGAAACAACCCUAAGCUUUCCAAGCAGCUCUCACUUCUGAGGCCCCAGGGGCAGGUAGGUGUCCUCUAGAAGUUUCCAGCACCAUGUUGUCACCCAGACUGUCCUGUAUCACCCAGAAAAAGCUCUUGAUGCACCCGGGAGUCAUUUCUCAUUCUUAGGGAGAAUCAGGCCACAUUUGAAGAAACUCCUUAGGAAACCUCACGGAAUCUAAUACAUAAGCCUCACAUUUGUCUCUUAAGAGUUUUCGUUUUGGAUCUAUUUUAAGUAUAUAAAUGGUGCUCAAUACCAAUGUCUGUCCGAGGUAACAUUCUGACUCUAUUUACUCCUGUGUGACAGGUGGCUACUGAAUGGAGCCAAACAUGGUGCUCUGCUUAAAUCACAAAGUUUAUAUGACAACAGCCACCGAUGCGUUUUUUUUUUUGUUCUGUAUAGCAAAAAUUGACUCCUUACUAUCAUAACUUAUUAAAGUGUCUGUGGUUUUGCAAAUCA